AUGCCGUCGAAAUCGUCGAGGCGUCGUCUCGAACGAGCGCGUCGUUUGAUUUCUGAUUUUUUGAAAAUUUCCCUCGAGCUCGAAACAACUCUUUCGCCUCUCGUUGGCGUGAAGCGCAAAGAGCGAGAAAUCCGAGUCUUGGUCGUGGGCUUGGAUAACGCCGGGAAGACGACGAUCGUGAAAAAAAUAAACGGCGAAGACAUUUCGAAAAUUUCACCAACCCUCGGGUUCAACAUUUCCAGCUUGCACUUGAACGACUAUCGAUUGAACGUUUGGGACGUCGGAGGUCAGAAAACGUUGAGGACGUUUUGGAGGAACUAUUUCGAAAAAACAGACGCGUUGGUGUGGGUGGUAGAUUCCACCGAUGUCGCUCGAUUACAAGACUGUAAGAACGAACUGGAUGUGAUAUUGAAGGAGGAGAAACUCGUCGACGCGAGUUUGUUGGUGUUGGCGAAUAAGCAAGACGUGGAAGGGGCGAUGAGUGGAAGGGAUAUUGCGGAGGCUUUAGGAUUGGUUAGUAUUGGUAGUAGUAAUAGUGUUAGUGUUAGCAGUAGCGAGGUGUUGAGUGGAAUGACGUCGAAUAGUAGCAAACGACGAUGGCGAGUGCAAAAAUGUUCGGCGACAACCGGGGAUGGGAUUUUAGACGGGUUCGAGUUCAUCACCGAGGACGUCGGGAGUCGCAUGUUCACCUUAGAUUAA